AUGGAGGUCGAGAAUAUCGUCGCCAACACCAUCUACAUUAAGGCUCGAGAAAGUAAGCUAUCUCCUUUCUUUUCUGUUUUCAAUUCCAUCGGUUCCGUAGUUCCUCCUUUUUCCGUGACAAGAGGCAUCCUUGCAGCAGCAUCAAUCCAUUCCGGUUUUCAUCAUGCUUCUAUUCUCACUUCAGCAGCAUUAGUCCCUGGAUUAUGA